AUGUCGGAAAAGGACAAAAUGUCGAGAAUGGAGGCUCUCCUCAACAGGAGGCUUUCGGCAAUCGAGUCCAAACUGGACGAUCUACAGUCCACGUCAGAUAGCCGCACCGCCCGACUUUCUGACAAAGUAUCAAGUCUUCAAGCGACAGUCGAUUACAUGACUACUCUCAUUGAACAGCUCAGCGAGAAGCCCCAGUUUCGGCAGAAUGACGAGAAAUUCGAGCCCGUUCAGAUCGAAGCUUUUGAAGAUCAGCUGCUUCCUGCCAAAGACGAUGAGAUCGCACACGAUAUGAUCGAAGAGAAUGCUUCAUUGAUUGAUCCUAACCCCGAAACACGUUCGAUGGAUAGCACCAACUCAUUCGCUAUUAUACCGACUGGUAUGGCCACCAACGAAGCUUUGAAACGAGGAAGUCGAACGAUCUCAGAGACUUCGUCUUUUGCUGAGAUCGAGGACGACAUUUCAGAAAGUGGUACAUUGAUUGAAGAUGCGGACGAAGUAGUAGAGAAAGAGGAACGCCACGCAAACGCAAGUAAUGAUGAUCAAGUUGAGCGAAACAAAGAUGUUUCUCCUCAGAAUAACGAGCCACGUGAGAACGACGAAUUGCAGGUCAAAGAAAACGGCGAAGACUGCCUCUCAAUUGAAUAUGCAAAACAGCGGGAGUCAAUCAAGAAAAUUCAAGAUCGAAUAUUCGAGGAAUCGAAGAGCUCAUUAUCAUCUACGUCGUCGCCAACUGUGUCGCGACAGGUGUCGGAAUCAAGCUCAACUGCGUCGAGAUGGUCUGAGUCAACGCGUGAACAGCACAAUGCCAUGGUCGAGAAACAGCUUCGGGAAUUGAGAGGGGAGCUAUCAGACGCGAGUAUCAUAGCGCAUAGCGUCGGAGAUGGCUUCACCCCCAUGAAUUCAACGAACUCCGUUCCUUCGACUCGAUCUAGUCUGACUGACUCGAUCAACUUAGACGUUAGAGUUGAUCCAUUUCUCACGAACGAUAACAUCAUCCCCGCUCCCCCGCGUACCUCACCGUCAGCUUCUCUGAACGCUCGACAACAGGAAGAAUCGAGAACACAAGAUCUUGCCUCCAGAAUGGCGAGUGCUGCGCCCUUCGAGCCUCGAUUUCAGAUUCCACUAUCCGCGAUGGAGACAGACCCCAAUCGCAAUCAGAUGGCGCUGUCACGGGCAUUCGAACAAAAUCACAGCUUCGCUACUGUAGUCAAUCAGGCGGCAGAUAGCACUUCUCAUCCACGUCUUUCCAACGCAGAAGCCGCUGCUGCUGUUAGUGCGCUGAAGCGAGAGUUUGGAGAGGAGCAUGAGCCACUUAUCGUCGCCGCGAUGAAGAAGUUUAGCGGAAACGCCAACCAAUGCAAAGACUUCCUAAACAGCCGCCAGUUGACUACCCAAUUUCUGAUUGCUAAGUUUCGACUUGAAGACUUGGACUGCCAAGUGGACUUGGAAACGCUCGCCCAACUGACGGUCACCUACGACAACAUUUCUCAAGUGGUCAACGACUACAUCGAAUUCGAAUUUCAACAGCAAGCAAUGGCUCCGGAAGCACCUCGACGACGAGGUGCCGAACAUGAUCACCAUCUUUUUGGAGUGGACCGACUCAUUCAAUUCGUCUCACAGAAAGCUAACGAGAUCUCUUCUAUCAUCUCCCACUGA